AUGAAUUCGAUAAUUAAGAUAGAGGAAGAAAAUGAAGGAUUAUAUGGAAUGAAUAAUAUUUCUAAUAAAAGAAAACAAUUUAAAGAAGAUGACAAUGUGAUGGUGGAAGUGGAACAAGAAGAAGUCAAAAUGAAUGAGGUGAAGAAAGAAGCCGAGGAAAAUUAUAUAAAGAAAGAGAAGGAGGAUAAAUAUAUAAUUGAUUUGGAGGAAGAAAGACAAGAAGGAGAUGACGAACCACUACCAAUCUUUAAAACUGAUGAUCAUCAGCAAUCCAAUAAUGUUUUCAAUCAUAAUAUUUAUAAAGGUAAAAAUGAUAAAGGAAAAUCUAAAAAAAAAUCGUUAUCAUUAUCACCAUCAUCAAAGAGAUCUGCAAUUAAUUAUUCAAAUGAUAAAAAAUCAUUCAAGAAAAAUAAUGUUAUUCCUUGGACAAGAGAAGAGGAAGAAAAUCUUAUUCAACUUAUUGAACAACAUGGUGCAAAGUGGAGUGUUAUUAGACAAGAAAUGGGCAGUCUUCGUGCAAAAGAAGGUUUCACUGUUGUUCUAGGCUCGCAAUGGGGCGAUGAGGGGAAAGGGAAACUUGUUGAUAUAUUGGCACAGGAAGCAGACAUUUACAGGUCUAAAGAUGACAAAUGA